UACGCCGUAGGAUCUAAACCCUAAUUUUGUGAUCUUGGGACACGAUCGUUUGGUCGAUCAUAGAUUUAGCCGAGGAUCUGAAACCCUAACUUGAUUAAACUUUUGAACUUGGGACGAUAGGCUUUUUGGUUGACAGAAGAAGCAACAGCAGAAGUGGGAAGUUGGAGGCGAGGCAGCAAUGGUGAAAUACAGGUUUCAUCAGUAUCAGGUUGUUGGGCGGGCUCUGCCAACUUCAGUUGAUGAAAAUCCUAAGAUCUACAGGAUGAAGCUGUGGGCUACAAAUGAUGUUCGUGCUAAGUCCAAGUUUUGGUACUUUCUGAGGAAGCUGAAGAAGGUGAAGAAGAGCAAUGGACAAAUGCUUGCUAUUAAUGAGAUUUUUGAGAAAAAUCCAACUACAAUCAAGAAUUAUGGUAUCUGGCUUCGCUACCAAAGUAGAACUGGAUAUCAUAAUAUGUACAAGGAAUAUCGAGACACCACUUUGAAUGGUGGUGUUGAGCAAAUGUAUGAUGAGAUGGCUUCUCGUCACAGGGUGCGACAACCCUGCAUUCAGAUUAUCAAGACAGCUACUAUUCCUGCAAAGCUUUGCAAGCGUGAGAACACGAAGCAAUUUCAUGAUCCUGAUAUCAAGUUUCCUCUGGUGCACCGCAAAAUCAGGCCACCAACAAGAAAGUUGAAAACGACCUUCAAGGCAUCCAGACCAAACUUAUUUAUGUGAUGGGUUCCCCAAGAGGGAUGCGGAUUGUUGUCCUUAUGUAACUGUAAUUCUUUGAGUGCGGGAUUACAAACUUAAACUUUGUUUUUCUCUAUGUUGACUUUUGGUUUUUCAAUGUCAAAUUUGACAUAAAUUUUGCUUGAGAACAGUUGAGAACAGAUCAUGCAUGCUACUUGUUUUUUCAGUUCUUAUUCAAUGUUAUUACGUGAGAUGACCAAUGUUAAUAAUUCCUUUUGAAAUUUGAGGUAAACAUUUGGGUUCA